UAAAAUCACGCCUCUUUCCCGGAGGGGUAGGCAGAGACUACCUCUUUCCACUUGCCACGAUCUCUGCAUAUUUCCUUCGCUUGAUCCACAUUCAUAACUCUCUUCAUACAAGCUCGGCGGUUUCGGGUACUUUUGACCUGACCCUUUACCAGGACGUAUAAAUAUAAUGUUUUUAAGUCUGUGAUAGCAUGAUAUCAUGGAAGACGCGUUUGAAAAGUUGAAAAAAGAAGGAAAGAAUGACGUGGAUCAUCUCAUUAAAUGGAUGAAAGAUUCCAAAAUCAUCGAUGAUACAAAAGCUGGCGAAGAAAAAGCGAGGGCAUUAUUCAAAGACGCGGCGAACAAGCAGGCUAUAGAGCUAUCCAACUUCAAGGCAGCUCUGACGAAGUUAGCGGCUGAACAGAACAAAAGCUUGGACGAGUUCAGCAAAGCUUUAGCAUCUAAAGGGGAAAAGUUCAAAGAAGCUUUGGGCGCGGCCGCUACAGCUUUUAAGGACGCCAUGAAGAAAUGAAUUUAUGUAAA